AUGGUGUCACCGCUGCUGGCCACACGCUUGACAAAAGAGGAGCUGUGUCUGUCCAUGGCCGCCCUGUCGCGGCUGCGGCUGCGCCAGGAGGAGCUUCUGGACCUCUCCCCUGACUCGAUUGUAACGAGAACCCAGCGUGUUAUUCACCUGUGCAACCCAACGGAACUUGGGAUGCUUUCGGAUGGCGCGGCCGCACUCUUCUGCAACCGUGUUGACAUGGCGGACACACUUAUCUGUGCGUUGUACGCCGCCAUGGGCAAAGGUGCUGUCAUGCGUCUCGAUCACGUGACGGCUGUGGUUCGCUACGCAGCAACGUUGCGGUCGUACAGCAGUGAGACAGUACCGGCCAUUAUCACGUCGGCACCAAGGCUGCUGCACAAGAAAGAUUCAGCGAGUGCGCUACAGCCCUUUUUGCAGCUCGCACGGAAGUACCUUUCCGAAAAGGAAUUUGGCUCAGUGGUGGAGGAGCUGCGAAGGAGGGCGGUCGGGGAGCAGGUAAAGUGCAUCCACGAAGUUUGUCUUCUGCCGCUCGUUGAAGCGGGACCGCAAAACGAGGCGGAAGAGGAGGCGGAUGGUGUGGAAGAGGAUGAUGAUAAUAAGAUAGUCUGGACUUCACAGCGUGCACGGAGCUGGAUGUCGCAACGGUUGCGAAAGGGUGGGACAUGGUCCCCAGACGAAGUAGUGCAGGCCAUGGAGUUUUACUCCCACUUUGGCGUGCAGGACCCUGUUUUACAGCGGAGAAUCGAUGAGGCCGCAGUGUCGGUUAUGCCCGCAGUUAGAAAGGUUGACAUGGAGGAGAUGCUUAAGGUUGUGGUGACAUCGUUUCAUUUGUUUCCACAGACGGCUGAAUUCGUCCGACAGCAUCGCAAUAAAUCUUCAGAGACGCAUCAAAAUGGCACUGACAGCGGCAUCGGCUCCGCGUCUUCAUUGACGAGGCAUUUUAGAACGACGGAGGCGUAUGAAAGACUAUUGGCUGGUCGACACAUACCUGAGGAGUGGAUGCUUGACGUGAUGCAGGAGCAAGGCGCUGCACUUCCCGUUGAUGUGGUGGCGCAGGCUGCCUGCAUCUUCGCCGAGAAGGGUGAGAUACCAGAGGUUAUUAUUCUACAGUUAUCCACGCAGCUGAAGGAACUUUCCCCAGAAGGCGUGGCUUCAUUUUUUAGAGUAAUACGGCGGGAUUCAUCAGGAGCUCUGUUGCUGCAUGGUGUAGCUCUUGUUUCUCAAUUUGUUAAGAAAGGUGUGCGGGAGGCCACCGUAGAAACGCUGUUGCGGAUAUGUGCUGCGUGCUCACUGCCACUUCCGCGUGGGAUUAAUGCGAAAGAGAAAGAUGCAUUUGCGGAGGCUCAAGCCCGUUUGGCAGAAGCUAUCAUCGCGAGACUCAUCUCAGUGAUGCAGGGGUCCUGCACGAUCCCGUUUCUUUGCAACAUAGCGAAAUCGACAUCUGCCAUUGAUGCAAAUAACGAACUUGGGCAGUUUGUCUGUUUAAGCGUGUGUGCGCAAGCGUGUCUUACGAUGGAUGAGGCACUGGAGCUGCUGGAUAUGCUGCGUUGUCGCAACUAUUUGCAUGAACCGCUCCUUGACAAGAUGGAACCGCUAUUCCGUGAACUUGUGCAGUUGGUGGUCACCAAAAUCGAGGUUGGUAAGGAGGUGCCAUACGCCGAAGCUCGAGGCGUUGCCCGUUUUAUUGUUUUGCAGGCAAUCUUUGACGCUCCUGACUUUGAGGCCUCCGCAGCGUUGUUACUGCACACAGUUGAGCAAUGCAUGAAUCACACGCCCAGCGAAGUUCUCCCAGCUGCAGGUCUACUUGCUUUGAAGCAAAGGCGCAUGGCCACCGUUCACACGAUACUAGAAAAGGCUACAGGCAAGCUGUCUACACUCUCUGAGGAGGCCCUUGAUGCGCUUGCACAGCUGCUCUCUCAGCCUUCACUAAAUUCACCAGGUAAAGACCUCGUCAGUGAACUCGUAGCUGUGCUGGCGGAACGCUUGGCACAGAAACGCGAUUUCCAGCCCGAUUGUGUGGGCUUGGCUGUCGCGGCACACUGUCAAUACGGUGAUGCAGAGGCCGGCAUUCAGGCGAGUGUCGCGGAGCACCUGCUGGAGUGGAUGGGGGCUCUCUCUGCAGGGGUGUAUGCUGCGUUGUGUGGCGCCGUACAUCUCUCGAGGGCUAGGGACGCGGUGGCAAAUGCACUUAUCGAUGACUUUCCUCGUCGCUUGGAUCAGCUCACCACGAGCGAGAUUGCCCGUGUUGCCUUUGGGCUUGGCGAAAUUGACGGUGUUGGGCAGCGCCUCUCCCACCAACUCGUGGCAGAGAAGUGCUCGGACUAUGUUGUUGAUCACUCCCAUGAGUUUUGGAGCGGAAACGAUAUUGCGCGACUGCUGUAUGGCUUUUCACGCAUGCUGUGUACGAAACGAAGCCUCUACAAUGUCUUUGCCACGCGCCUUGCGCUGCGGCCGAUACUCUUGCCGAUGGAUCAGAAAGCGAUUACCCUCGUCGUUGCCGCCUUUGGGCGGGCCAAGUAUCUGGACAAGGCAUUGUUUGACAAAUUUGCGCUUCGUAUGCUGGACCACUCCGACACCCUCGCGGCCCCGGACUUAAUGCUUGCGAUCCGGGGCUUUAGCCGCGUGAUGCUGCUCAACAGACAGCUGUACAACGAGCUUGGCAGCAAGGCCGCGGAGAAAGCGGAUGAGUUCCCGUUUGACUCCAAGUGUGCCCUGCUCGCCUCGUUUGGGUCGUUGGGCAUUGAGCAUGAGAAGCUGGCGACGCGAGCGCUUGAGGGUAUUGUGGAGAAUAUGGCGGAGUUGGGAAGCGCCAACAAGGCCGUGGAGAUUAUUGUCUCUUUGUGGCAGAUGAACCACGACAUCGAGGAUGAUGCGUGUGUGGUUCAAUUAGCGAAUUGGAUCGCUGAGCGGUCGGAAGAGCUUACGGGAGACGCCAUUGGAAAACUUUGCGUUGUUCUCAACGAGAGUAACUGGCGCCAUGUUCCGCUUCUCCAGGCCAUGGCUGAGCAAUCCGUUCGGUUGCAGCUUCAGCAAGGCGUUUCAGCCGACUGCUGUAGGGCGGUACUGGACACAUUGGGCACCUUCAUGAUCCAUCAUCAGGGGGCGCGCGAGAAUCUCUCAGCCCUAGGAAGGAGUGUAAGUAAGGAACGGAUACAACUUUCAGAGGAGGAGGAGCAACAAGUUCAACUCCUGCUGCGCCGCUAG